AGUUAAUAAUCAGGAGAAGGCGCAGCUCUGAACAUUCACAGCCAUUUACACCGCCAGAGACUGAACGCAGAACAGACACAUAAACCAAGGGAGCAAAAAGAUGGGCAUCUGGCAGCGUCUCCUCAACUGCACGCUUCUCCUCUCUGCUUUGGGUCCUGCGUCCUCUCUCCGAAAUGUGACCGGGAUUCAGGGGGGGUCGGUGGAUCUGUCUGGGAAUCUGACGCUUCCUGAAAUUCAAAAUCGUGCAAUUACAUGGAACUUUAACAGCAACGUGUUAAUUGUGUCACAAUUUCCAAACGGUUCUCCUAUUUAUAAUACCGAGUAUAAAGACAGAUGUGAACUGUUUGUAAAUACAACCCUCCAGUUGCGAGACCUGACAGCCGCUGAUCAGGGGGAAUACACACUGACUGUCCAGAAUCUCACUUCUUCCACCACAAGAACAGAAUCCCUCCGUCUUAUGGUUUACAGUCCUGCGUCCUCUCUCCGAAAUGUGACCGGGAUUCAGGGGGGAUCGGUGGAUCUGUCUGGGAAUCUGCCGCUUCCUGACAUUCUAAAUCGUUUAAUUACAUGGAGCUUUAACAGCAACGCGCAGAUUGCGACACAAUUUCCAAACAAUCCUCCUCGUUAUAAUCCCGCGUAUGAAAACAGAAGUGAACUGUUUGUAAAUACAACCCUCCAGUUGCGAGACCUGACAGCCGCUGAUCGGGGGGAUUACACACUGAGUGUCCAGGAUCUCACUUCUUCCAUCACAACAACAGAAUCCGUCCGUCUUACGGUUUACAGUAUUCUCACACCUCCAAGUCUCACUUUUCUCCCCGCUAAUGAAAGCUAUCAAAUUAAUGGCACGAAUGUGACUCUUCACUGUGAUGCUCGGGGUCAGACCGUGGACUCUUACAGCUUCCAUCGUGGUCAAGAAGACGCGUGCUCCCAGAACCAUGUGACCUGCACGGGGCCCAACCUUAAUUUCCAUCCAAUCAUAAAGCACGAUGAAGGGGACUAUACCUGCACCAUCCAUAACCCCAUCAGCAACAGCACCAGCGCCUCCCUACAUGUGAAAGUAGCAGUUCCUGUCUCUGAAGUGACGAUACAAAGUAACACCAGUUCUAAUGAAUUGCUCUGGACUGGAAAGGAUUCGGUGUCGCUGAACUGUUCGGCUCUUGGGACAGAUGUCCGAUUCUCUUGGAACCACAACGGGGUCCCGAUGCCCCCAAACAUUCGAUACCAUCUAAACCAAAACAACUCCACCAUCAUUAUUACCCCCGUCCAACGCGAUGAUGAUGGUCCUUUCACCUGCGUGGCAACAAACUAUAUAAAUACUUUGACAAGCCCACCCCUGAAUCUCAACCUGGCCUGGCACCCUGAAGAUCACAUUAUAUGUUCUGCAAGUAAAACCGAUCACACAGUGCAGCUCCUCUGUUCCUGGACGGGGGGUUUCCCUGCCGCAGACGUGCGAAUGCUCUUCCAAAAUCAGAGUGAAACGGGUCAACACCAGGUUAUCAGGAAUGUGUCUUUGAACUCCAUCAACCCCAGAGAUGAUUUGUCCUGCUAUGGUGCCCAAGGUGGACAAGAGGUGUCCUGUGUGCUGAAAUUAGAUAUCCCACAAGCCGCGGGGUUCACUAAUCACAGUAGCACCGAAGCAGUUGAAGGAACAUCAGCCACUAUGACAGUAAGUCUGAUCCCCGGCCCUUCUGUGCUUAACGCUUGGGCUGUACAGCCAGAAACCCAAAUCCUUCCUUCGACGUUCACCUGGUUCAGCUUCACAUCAGAGAACAAUUCUGUUCCCGAAGGGGGAAAGUUCAUGGUGACAUCCACUGAUUAUACGUCCAAUCUCACAAUAUCUUCAGUGACGAUGAAUGAAAUCGGAACCUAUGAAUGUAGAGCUGAGAAUCUGUUUGGGAGUUCGAGCUUCUUCUUCAUUCUUAACGUUACAAGCGAUAGAGUUUCUUCUAGUUCUGGACUGGGUCCCGGAGAAAUUGCAGGCAUUGUGAUUGGAACACUUGCUGGGUUGGCCAUUGUUGGAGCCAUUGCUUUCGCCAUUGCUUUCUUUGUCGUAAAGAAGAGAAAAGCCUCCACGGGGGAGAGGCAGACCCCCCUCCACCGCACGGUCAUCUCAGCAGCCACCACGAAGGAGAGGGAGGCAGCAGACACUCCGGAUAUACAUAUAUACGAAGACCCAAAUCCUAUAUAUGAGACAGUCUAUAAUACAGUCUAUGAUACAGUCAUUCUUGGGGGAGAGCAACAGCAGUCGGAUAAAGCAAAAUACAGCUGUGUGAUACUCUGACAAACGCCAUAUAAUGGUAUAAAUACACCAUAAAAUAAAUACAUACAAUAAAUACUCUUACUCGCAGUGCUAUGUGAUACAUACUCUUUUAAAGGUGAAGUGUAACGCUGUGUAGAAAUAAGUCAAACUGCCAUGUGUACAAUGUUAUAGAAAAUAAUGUGAUUACAUGAAGAUUGUGAAUUAAUAAUUAAUUAACGAUGAA